AUGGCAUCCGCCGCUUCUGCAACUGUUACAGCACAUGACGUAGAAAGCCGUUUACCAUCUUUAGCUGUUGGUGCUUCUCUGCUAGAAGGCCCAGAAACUGCAAACUCAAGUGUUUCACUUGCACGCGCUAUCGGCAGUGCAAUAGGUAGAAUUGACGAUUUGCUGCGUCCACGUAUGUCAGGCAAUUUCAGGGAUUACAUUGAAAAACACUUGGUGGACUUCGCACGGCGAAAUCCUGCUACAGUGGUUUACGUGAAGCCAAGACGUCGAAGACCACCGCUGAUUGUCGCAGAGUAUCUUUGUGGUAACUGGCAAUAUGUGCAGGCUUCCAUGAUGGAUUGUGACGAAGUGUAUAAUUGGAUGGAGUUGCUACGUAACCGAUCUGGUUUGGAUAUUUUGCCAAUAUACAAAAAAUGGUCUACAAAAUUCCCUUCAAUCCAAGGAAUGUGGCAUCUCUUUUAUCACGAUCAGACAAACGACACACGGCUGCUUACUCCUGAAGAAAUUGUCCAAAAGCUUGACGAACUGUCUCAGCCUCCCAUUAAAGAGGUCACUGCGGAGGAUCGGCUUAUUGAACUGUCUAAAAAGCAGCAACAAAGAAUUGAUGCAUAAUGACGUUGUUACUAUGCAGUGACUGCUUUCUACUAUGAUUGUGUACAACAUCACAUACCUCGGUACUCAUCCUAUAAGUCACUGCAGGUUUAUUGACACUGUAUAUGGGUUUUACGGCUGUUUUUUGACCUACAUUUGGUUGCUGGAAGUUCCAUUUAAUCUUAUCUCUGCAACAAACGCGUUUCCUUGAUCAU